CACGUGGUCGAUCCUCCGUCCUUGAUCGUCCAAGACUUUACCCUUAUAAAAACUCGAACAUGUAGUCCAAUUAGGGUGUACAAGACUGUUCAUAGCGACGGUUUGUUGUUGUGUGUCAUGGACAACCAGCUUUUGGUUAGGAACCCAUUACUGAAGGAAACAACCUGGAUCAAAUGCGGUAGUGACUUUCACCAACGAGAUGAUGCUUACAGCCUUGGAUACCUCAGCCACUGUGAUUACAGAAUCUUAAGGUUCCGUUGUGCUAGUAAUUCCAGAAAUAGACCUUCAAGGGUCGAGGUCUGUGAAGUUGCAUCCAAGACAUGGAAGGUUAUAGAUAACAUCAGUUUUGAUUGGUUCCUUAGUGUGCCGUUGUCGAUUCUCUCUCUGAGAGGAACUCCUUAUUGUAUAGGUCUUCGAGAAGAUCAUACAGCUUUUGUACAAAGCUAUGAUUUUUACAAAGAAAGGUUUCAGCCCAUAGAUGACUUGCCAUUCAGCUAUGAUGAGUUGAAUCCUAUUGCACUAGAGAUUUAUAAAGGAGAUAGGCUUUCGGUGUUGGAGCAAUGUCGCAAAACAAGGAAGAUAUGCAUAUGGGUGAAGCAUUGGCUCAUGCUUACUUCUUGGACCAAAUUGGUGGUCGUGGACAUACCAGAGUUUCCGCUUUUAUAUCCACGUCCCACCCUCGUUUCUACGAAUUAUUAUUUCGACAAAAACGAUAGGCUUGUUAUAACUUAUAAUGAUACUGACAUGAAGGGUCUAUCUAUUAUCAGAGUCAUCAACGACAAGGAUUUCCAAGUAAUUAAAGCCGAUGAAGGGGAAUGUGGUUUCCCUUUUUUAUGCAGCUACGUUCCUAGCUUUGUUAGGGUUCCAGGGUUUUCGAAGCAAGACACAAGUCGGAUUCGCUGGAAAAAACGUAGAUUCAACGAGUUUGUGUAUACAAUUUAUUUGUUCUUUCGUGUGAUUCUUUUUGCUUUGGACUAUUAA